AUGCAUCGUUCAUCUUACGUAUUAUUUUGUGCUAUACUUAUUCUUUGUAAUAUAUCACCUUUAUUAUCAAAAAGAACUUUUGGUGGUGGAAGACAUUCGUAUCCAAAGUCGGGCGGCUUGUCCGGCGGUGGCGGAAGCCAUUCUUAUCCUUCGGGAGGUCUUUCUGGUGGGGGUCAUGGAUAUCCAUCAGGAAAUAGUCACGGGUAUCCUUCAUCAGGAGGAUUAUCAGGAAACAGCCGGGGAGGAGGGUAUCCUGGCGGUGGAUCGCAACCUCAUCCUUCAGGAGGCAUGAGUCAUGGUUACCCAUCACAAAGUAAUUCUCACCAAUACCCCGGAGGUAAGGGAUUGUCAGGUAACUCCCCCGGUUACUCGGGUCCUGGCCAUACGACAAAUGUGCAUUAUCAUUACAACUACAAUCCUCCCCAGCAAAUAAGAUAUACACCCGCGCAUGGUGGUCCCCCUAUGAGUUACCCUGUAUACCAACAUGCUCCCCCGACUUACGUUUAUCAAUAUAAGGAUUCCGGAAGUAAAUAUGGAACGCUAUUGGCUGGUCUGGCGCUAUUGAACCUUGGUACACUCGGCGUCAGUGCAUAUGCGGCUAGUAAAAGUCAUUCGAACUAUAAACCACAACCGGGUGAAGUAUGUAAAUUUGGUUUGAAAAAAGAGAACGGUGACUACGAGGAGACAAAAAUCGACUGCCAAUUAAUUACUAGUUUUAUAUUCCAAGAAGAGGCCAAAACUCAAAGUGGAGGUACAAAUACCACCACAAUUACAACAGUGACAAAUGUUACAACCGUUAACAUGACAAACGGGUCUGAGUCAUCUCCGGCACCACCGACAAACAUAAAAACUCUCUAUGAAAUGUUACCCAAUGGGACUCUAGUACCUAUAAAUAUUACAACUAAUGAAACAGUUGUGAAUAAUACCUCAUCAAAUGAAGGGUUAGCAUCAACAUCUUCAGUCACAAUAACGACUACUAACACUACAACUGUGACAAAUGCCUUAGAUGUUAAAGGGAAACCGGUUGAUGUGACCCCCGGUAUGAAAUGCUAUGUAAUACGACACACACCAUCAUCAAAUAUGAAGAGAUCUGUCCCUUGUGGUUUGCUGCAGUCAUAUGCCGAGCAAUCAUUAAAAAAGAACUCGGCAAAUAGAAAUGUACCAGCCCUUGUAAUUUUAAGUAUUUUUGUGGCAGCCUUAUCUGUAUUUUAA